ACAACUCAGAGCACCUCAGUGAGUUUGAGACGUAGGCCUAGGCUACCGGUAACCUCAGCCAGUUUUGAAUUUUGUAGUCGAUUCCGUAAUGGCAACUGAUCCAGUGGACGAUAUAAACGUAGGGCUACAAGAACUUGCCGAGUUGGAAGCGCAGUAUACUAUUUUUGUUGGAUCUUCGCCUGAGGAUGUUUCAUAUGCGACGACUUUCUGGAAUUCCCUAGCCCUGCAACCGCCGAUAGAGUCGAGACUGGUGUCAGCAGAUAUCGGUCAGCGACUAAAAGUAGCUAAAGAUCCAUCCAUUAAAACUGCUCCAAGGCCCAGUGCACCUCAGAAUGAUGCAAUCUUCGAAAAAAUUUCAGAACAGAGGGCCGAGGAGGACAGACAAAAGUACAAAGACAUGGCUAAAAGGAGGGACCAGAUCAUGGUGCUUCUAAAGAAGCAGCGAGAGGAAAGAGUAAAGAGAGAGAUGAUUUCACGCCCUUUCAAGCCCAAGCAGUGUCAUCAAAGUAACAGGCAUGGUCCAGAUGUCUCUCCACAGGAACUAGACGAGGACAUACAACAUGUUAGGAGCCUUCAGUAGACUAGGAGUUCCGAUUUAUGAAUACCCAUCAAUGAACACUUAACCCAAAGAUCCCUGUGGGAAUUUAAGACGUUUAAAAAGGAAGGAAGUGUACUGAAUUGCAUUUUCAAAUUAGUGCACAUCUUAUAGUAUAUUGAAACAUUGUCUUUUGCUUUAACGGGGCAUCAAUGCAACAAAAUUCUACCUUUAUGUUCAUGAGAUUAUAUUUUGUGAAAAUAUUUAGUGAUAAUAGCCUAUAAUAUAAGUGGCCCACUUGAGUUCAAAUUCUUGUUUACUCCUUAAAAUAAAAUAAACCUACUUUCUGCAUAA